AUGAAGAAGCUAUCAAUUAUAGUGAAAAGGUUGUCAGAAUGCUUCAAAAACCUGGAUGUGUUGUAAAUUCAGAUUUCUACAAAAAAUUUUGGAAUAACCUGAAUCCUGCUUGCUAUGCUCUUGCUCUAACUUGCAAGCUUAUCGGUAGUUAUAUUGGAGAAGAAAAAUCUACGAACAUUAUGAAUCUCAUCAAACAAGUCCUGUCAAAUCCAAGCCUGAAGCCUGAUGAAUUAAAAAUUGCUAAGCUUAAUCCUCAAACACAUAAUCAACAAAGCCAAAACCUCAUGUUAAAUCUUUUCUUCAUUGGAUCCUACUUUACGAUUUCACCAAAAAAAACAUGCACAAGAGCACUCUUAAACCUAUUAUCUUAUUUUUGCUCUAAGCUGUCAGAAUCCAGUAGUAAAAAUUUGCCAGACAUCUUAUUUUUGCGGCAUAUAGAAAAAGUUUAUGGAAAAGUUCAUAAUUACCGUUCCUACGAAGGCCUCAGGCAUUCUCUACAACUUUGCUGUUUUGACGAUGGUUCUGCACUAAAUCUCACUUUUGUGAAUUUACUAGCUAAUCAAUUAUCUGCGCCCUUGGUUCAUGGAGUCAUUCGUAAUCUGCUGAAAGACAAAGACACUUCACUCAUAGUGUUUAAGAUUUUGCUCGAGCUCCUGAGGCAUCCAUCAGUCGAUGAAAAUAUGGCAUCUACGCUCCUUUAUAUGAUGCACUCAUUCAUUAUAUAUACUCCAUUUUCACCCGUCUCCGUCUUAGACGAAAUCAGGGAUACAAUCAAGAUGUUUAUUGUUUGGCCUCGCCCCUACUCGGACGUUGCUAAAAGGAUACUCGAUUUACUUAGUUUUGAAUGCAGAGUGCCUGGAACCUGCUUUCGAAUUCAAUUGCUUAUCGAAUAUCCGGAGUUGAUACCAAAUCUGCAGCUGAAUGGCACAGAGUUUAGAUUGGACAGACCGGAGCGAAAAAUCCAUUUGUUUUUUGAUUGCAAUAAUCCUGAUUCAAAAAGGCUCCAGGCAUUGCUUCUCUAUAAUUCUCCUCCUACUCUAGGCUCUGUGCCUGCAUUUCAAGCAAACAUUUUGGCCUCAAUUCUUCAUCUCUGCAUUGGUGUCCGGCUCGACUCAGCCCAUCUUUUGGGUGCUGUUCCAUCAAGAAUUAAUGAAUGGUAUAUUGAGGCUAUGGGCAUCGUUGAAAAGUCUCUAAAGUAUUCGGAUGAAGAAGCUAAGAAAUACUAUAGCGAAAACCUGAUGCGACUGAAAGAGUGCAUUUCGGGCGAGUGUCCGGAUGCGUUAACCAAUAGCAAAAACCCUUUUUCAGGACUUGAGCUUCCUCCUUUAAACAUCCACUAUGUUCCUAUCUCCCUUCCUGACACAUUGAAUUUGACGAGUAACCAGUGGAUCAAUACUAUGAAUUAUUGCGCAUGUACCGACAUUUUCAACAACCUGAUUAAUAUCUUGUUGGGCCAUUCGCCGUUGGAUAGCAGGUCAAGUUCUACGCAAAAUGCUAACGAGGCGCAUAGUUUUGUACCUAUUCGAAUUGCCCUUAUAGGUGGAGACCCGAUGGUCCACCAUUUUUCAUCAAGCUAUCUUCUGGGAAUGAUGUUAAGGCCAGAGUUGUUCACUAAGUUGGAUAUACAAAUUUUUUAUUUGCCAAUUUGCCCUUCAGAACUAGGUAACUGGAUUUCUUUUCAGGACAGAUGGUAUAGAAAACAGGUUGCUAUUUUUUAUCAAGCGAUCAAAUCAAUUUAUCCCUGUGAUUCUUACCAAAUAGGCAGUUCAACCAAUGAAAAGCGCAGCUCAAUUUCUCCUUACCAGUCGCCGAGGUCUAGUAAAGCAUCUGCAACACCUGAGCAGAAUGGCAAGCAAGGCUCUGUGGACUCAAAUGCGCCAUCGCUUGAGUUCAAAAAGUUUUCGCCGCCUUUGCUACUCUACCAAGAGCUGACGCACUACUUUCGGGAGGCCAAGUGGUCGUCGACCAUCAAUCUUUUCCAAGUCGAAUGUUCCAACAACAGCAGAACAGUAAUUUUGACCUUUUUCUCUAGAGCGCGUCUUGGUCUCCCGGUGAUGAUCGAAGCGUUCAAGCGCAACAGUGACCUCAAGGCCUGCACCAACGAAGAGAUUAUCACAUCCAAGAAUUUCAAGUAUACUCCGUUGAACGUGUCUAUGAGAUAUGUUCAGGUUAACCCGGUAGGCAUAUCUCGGACGAUUGGGUCGCAGGGGCGCAAGGCCUACGCAGCGAUUGCUGUUGCGUCGAUUCCAAACGCUAUGGAUUCGUGUGUGUUUGCCUAUCCACAUCCGGCGGACGCUUGGAUGGAGUUGAUACUGCAUGAAGAUAAAAAGAAAAAGGCCUCCAACAGUCGAGAAGACAGCGGUAAAGUUUAUCACGUAAAUCAGGUAGAAAUCGUAGGUUCAGAACCUUUCGACGUGUUAUUGGAUGAUGUACUUUAUGGCCCCUUCGACAAGCUGAAAUUCAAGUGCGCAAAAAAUGAGAAGUCGGGCAAGCCAUACUCGCUAUCAUUUCAAACCUUCUUGCCUAGUCGAGCAAAAUAACUGGACGUCGGCAACAACCAAAUUGGGCCCGCGUGAAUGUUAACCUACUUAUUGCACUAGGGAACUGCUGAUAUCUUGCGCGCAUCAAAAUUCUCUAAAAAGGUGAUUGACACCUGUCAUCUUCCGCAUCGUACCUCGACCUUGAAUUGCCAAGGUCGUAGAUUAGGUCGACUUUUUUUUGCGACAAAAACACCCGCGUGAUGGUGCUGACGCUCUCAAAGUCAUCGACCUCUAUUACGCGCAAUUCAGGACAACUGACAACCAAUCUGCUCAGUACGUGCGUUUCGAUACCGAUCCAAAGUGGAAAAGAGAGCCGGACGAGUCUCGGACAAAAGGUGGAAAUGGCAUUUAGAGUUUUCGCGCCCGGCUUAGUGCAACCGUCGGAAACAAUGAUAUCGAGAUACUUUAGGCUUUUAGAUAGAUUCGUCGAAGAGAGCAACAGGUCGAGUUCAGACACCCUUAGAUGUGCCUUCCUGAAGCUAAGGGAGACGAGACGGUGACAGAGUUUCAGAUUUAAGAGAGAUCCUGGGUCGAUGUGCGUGUGGGACAGAUCUAAGUGUUCCAAGUUCGGAAACCUCACUGCUAUUUCUUCUGUAGAUUGACUGGUAAUUUUGGCCAGGUUGUACUUCAGAUAGUGCAGUUUUUCCUGAUGAAAGGUAGAUAAAUCAAGCUGGUUCUCGUUUGCACACGUCCGCGCAGGUUCAACGUCCUGAGUGAUUGAUAGAGGUUUUUCCUGAAUUAUUGAGGUGUACGGUUGGCUGGUCCGGGUGAGCGCCAGUUCUAAGAGGUUUGGGCAAUGGGUCGUUAACUCUGAGCCGAUGUCUCUCUGUGCAGUUAUUGCGCCCCCUUGGUGGUUUGCUAGGUGGGACACUUCGAGAAUUAGAUGUGCGAUACGAAGGCUUGGGAGCUUGGAUGGGAGCGCGGUCAGUUCGUCUACAGAACACUUAAUUGGAAUUGCUAAUUUUACUACACACAGCGAUGUCAAGGAGGUCAACACAGAGAUUGAGAUUGACUUUGGCAGACACUGAGUCUUUGCAUGGUUCAGUGAAUACGAUGAACCGACUUGCAGGCACUUCAAAUUUUUGCAUGGGAGAGAGUGUUUGCUAUACGCGCAAUCCUUCGCGUGUUUGUCACAUGGGCGAAAUUGCCUGAAGAAGAAGGGUUCAGAGACGCGGAGUGUCUCUAGGGUUUCCAUAUUUAAAUCCUGUGGGUAAAAUGGCGCGAGCUCGUCGCUUAUAAUAGAGAUGUGUUUAAACCUGUUUUUGAUGUUAGAGACGAGCGACGAUGUCUUCUUAGGAGUUGGGUAGAGCGGGUGUCUCCGGGCGUAGCAGUUGUCGUUUAAUGUUAACAUGGAAAUUUGUGGAUGGGCGAUUAGGAUUUCUUCUAGAGCAGAGAAGGUCGGAGUGACAUUAUAGAACGCGAUGUGCUCGAGCUGUUUCUGUGGGCCGGUUUUCGUCAGCAAAUUCAAGAUAAAAUCGGCAUAUUGCACUAGACUGAGAGAGUUUGUGUAUCCGGAUAUAACGUAGAGGUGCUUAAGAUGGGGAACGAGUGAUUGUUUACUGGAGAAAAAUUUACUGAGUUGAAGUUUUUGAA